GCAGCCCUCGCGGGCAGAGGGCAGGAUAUAAAGGGACUGCUGGACUGCGGCGGGCUUCGGGAACUUCCCCGAGUGGCCGUGUUGAAGGCUCACGCGGAGAUGGGGGGGAGCGCCCAGAACCCGGGAGUCCUGCAAGGUGGCAACGCCCCUGGCCAGUCUCUGUAUGAGCGGUUAAGUCAGAGGAUGCUGGACAUUUCUGGGGACCGGGGCGUGCUGAAGGCUGUCAUCCGAGAGGGUGCUGGAGAGCUGGUGACACCGGAUGCUUCAGUGCUAGUAAAAUAUUCUGGAUAUCUGGAGCACAUGGAUAAGCCUUUUGAUUCUAAUUACUUUAGGAAGACUCCUCGGCUAAUGAAACUUGGAGAGGAUAUUACCCUUUGGGGCAUGGAGCUGGGCCUUCUGAGCAUGCAGAGAGGCGAGCUGGCCAGGUUUCUGUUCAAACCGAGCUAUGCCUAUGGAACGCUAGGCUGCCCUCCCUUGAUCCCUGCAAACACCACUGUCCUGUUUGAGAUUGAGCUGCUUGACUUCCUGGACUCGGCUGAGUCAGACAAGUUUUAUGCCCUUUCAGCCGAGCAACAAAAUGAGUUUCCGCUUCAGAAGGUCCUAAAAGUAGCAGCUACUGAACGGGAGUUUGGCAACUACCUUUUCCGCCAAAAUCGUUUCUAUGAUGCCAAAGUGAGAUAUAAACGGGCCUUGUUGCUUCUCCACCGGCGAUCAGCACCCCAUGAAGAGCAGCACUUGGUGGAGGCCGCCAAGCUUCUUGUCCUCCUUAACCUGUCCUUAACCUAUCUGAAGCUGGAGCGACCCACCGUGGCUCUGCGCUAUGGAGAGCAGGCUCUGACCAUUGACUGCAAGAAUGCCAAGGCCCUCUUCCGGUGUGGACAGGCAUGUGUCCUCAUGACUGAGUAUCAGAAGGCCAGAGAUUUUCUAGUCCGGGCCCAGAAGGAAAAGCCCUUCAAUCAUGACAUCAAUAAUGAGCUGAAGAAGCUGGCCAGCUAUUACCAGGACUACAGGGAUAAAGAGAAAGAAAUGUGUCAUCGAAUGUUUGCUGCUUGUGAUAGUGGCUCUGUCGUAGGAGACAAUUAAAGGUUCUCCAGCUAACUACAAGCAAGAGAAGCGAGGCUUCUGGAGUUCUCGGAGGCCUUUGGAAAGACUGCCCCAAUGUAGACUCUGCGGCGGGGCCCUGCUCCGAAGCCAGGCCGAAAUUCUGCGGCCCUGGGCCAUUGCCUCAUCUCUGACCUGCUAAAAUGUGUUUUCACAGGUGCUGUUUGCUGUUUCACAUUUUCAUAGAGUAGGGAAGCUGUAGCUACUGACAAGUAGGAAAAUGCUUUUUUUUUUUUAAGGCAGUUGCUGUUUUUUUAAAAAAUGGAAUUAGUCCUUGGUUUUUCUCCCAGUUGGAGCCCCUUUCCGACUGCUCGAGUCCCUGGGUGAGCACAAA